UGAAGAAGAAGAAGCCAAUAAAAGAAAAAGGCAAAAUUCCACAGAUUCGAGUAAAGAGAAGGAAAACGAAAAAAGGAUACAAAAUCUUAUUCAAACUCUUAAAGAAUCUACUAAUGAUGUUUUUGUAUUAAAAGAAAAUCUAAUCUCUUUUUUAAAAUCAAGGUCAGUUUUCUCACUAUCAAUUGCAAGUGAAGCAAUGCUCCAGGCUAUUACAGAACUUUUACUACUCAAGAAUUGUAUCUCUGAAUUAUGCUUAGCAAUGGACAACACUAAGCCCAAAGGCAAAGGCAGAUGUGGAUUUGUUGAUAUUUUUUUUGGAGAUGAGAGGAAUUCAAUAAUCGAGUUAAAAUAUGUAAAAAUCUCAAAUUUAAUGAAAGGGGAGAAAAACAAUUAG